CUCCUUGCGCUGCGGGGCCGCCGCUUCCGGACGGGUGAUGGGGGUGGCGGUGGCCGCCGCCGCCGCCGCUGCUGCAGUGAGGGAGGGAGAGCAGGAGCCGCCGCCCCGGGCCCGGGAGCUGCUGGAGCUGUCCCGGACCCAGGUCAGUUUUAUUGGUGGGUAGAGAAGGAUGAUGGCAGGCAACAACCAGCUUUGCAUUCGACGUUGGACUACCAAGAACGUGGCCAAGUGGCUGAAGGAAGAAGGUUUCUGUGAAUAUGUGGAUGUUUUGUGCAACAGGCACAGGCUGGAUGGGAUCACGCUCCUGACCCUCACCGAAUAUGAUCUCCGAUCCCCUCCUUUGGAGAUCAAAGUCCUGGGGGAUAUCAAGAGGCUGAUGUUGUCCAUCCGUAAGCUGCAGAAGCAACACAUUGAUGUCCUGGAAGAGUUGGGUUACACCAGUGAUGGUCACAUUGGCACAGUGUGCCCCAGUGUUGGUUCACUACAGGGGACAGAUUGGUUUUGUAACGGUGAGGUACCUCGGGACUACGAUGAGGCAAUUACUGACUUGAAUGGUGAUGAGUGCCAGUAUGCAAAUGGCAAAAACAAACACUCCACCAGAAGGCUGGACCCAGAGUACUGGAAGACAAUUUUAAGUUGUGUGUAUGUCUUCAUAGUGUUUGGCUUCACCUCCUUUGUCAUGGUUAUAGUACACGAGCGAGUCCCUGACAUGCAGACGUAUCCACCUCUACCAGACAUAUUUCUAGACAGUGUCCCGAGGAUACCAUGGGCUUUUGCUAUGACUGAAGUAUGUGGUGUAAUUCUUUGCUACAUUUGGCUGCUGGUUCUUCUACUUCACAAACACAGGUCUAUCCUUCUGCGAAGGCUGUGCAGCCUCAUGGGGACAGUGUUCUUGCUACGUUGCAUUACAAUGUUUGUUACCUCACUCUCUGUGCCAGGCCAGCACUUGCAGUGUACUGGAAAGUUGUAUGGCAACGUUUGGGCAAAACUCCAGAGGGCAUUUGCAAUAUGGAGUGGCUUUGGAAUGACUCUGACUGGAGUACAUACAUGUGGAGAUUACAUGUUCAGUGGGCACACUGUUGUCCUGACCAUGCUCAACUUCUUUGUCACAGAAUAUACACCAAGGAGCUGGAACUUCUUGCACACCUUGUCCUGGGUCCUGAACCUCUUUGGAAUCUUCUUCAUUUUGGCUGCACAUGAACAUUAUUCCAUUGAUGUCUUCAUUGCCUUUUACAUCACUACGAGACUCUUUCUGUAUUACCAUACCCUGGCUAACACUAGAGCGUAUCAGCAGAGCAGGAGAGCAAGGAUCUGGUUUCCAAUGUUUUCUUUUUUUGAAUGCAAUGUUAAUGGGACUGUUCCCAAUGAGUAUUGCUGGCCCUUUUCCAAACCUACUAUACUGAAAAGAUUGAUUGGCUGAAGAGUAUGUGGGUCAAUUCAGAUUUUUAUGAAGAGUGAUGACUAAGAUCCUACAAGGCUCGUUGGGGGUGGGGGGGAUAUAAAGUAACUUUUUUUUUCACUCCAUUAUCUCCUCCUCCCUGUCUUGGUCCUUAGAUUCUUAGCCAUAAAAUGGGGUUCCCAUACUUCGCAGGGAUGGGAUUUGUUUUCUUGUUGCUGAAAUGGAAAACAAUGCAGGAACUGGUACAGGCUCUCAGUGAACCAUGGAUCUGAACCAGAAUACUGUUACCUGUGAAUGUUUGAUUAACUUUAACCUCAAAUAUCUGCUUGUACUGAACAUAACAUACCCUUUACAGGUACCUGACAUGCCAGCCUUUACAUAUACUGACUAAAAAAGAAAAUGAGACUUGCUUUUAAAAGAACCUUAAAUGUAAUUUUCAAAACAAACUCUGUGUGUACUUAAAGAAUGAGGAGCACUGUGUCAUAAUAAGGAGAGCACUAUAGUUCUUUGCUAAAAGAGUCUCCUAACUAUUAAAUAACAAGUCUUAAAGUACAAUGGACAGUAUAUAUGGUCUGCAUACCAGUUGCCAAAAAGGAAAGUCUGCCUUGUGGCUAUGCAGUGAUGAUAGUUUACGGUUUUCUUUCUUUUUCCUUUUUUUUUUUCCUUCAAUUUCCUAGAAUGAGAGCUUAUUUAGUCUAGUCUGUCAGUUGCCUGUAUGGUUAUUCUAGCACUUGGGAGGUUUUCCCUUUUGUUUUUAAAGAAAUGGGUUAAAGUAAAUGUUGCAUCCACUGAAAGUAAAGUUAAUUUGGCUUUAGUGACCUUAAAGCCACAGAAUAACUUUUGUGUGGUUUUAAUUGCUUUAUACCCAAACCUGUGCAUGCUUUUUAGGAGCAGCUCUUUAACAUUGGGAAUCCAAAACAUUUAAUUUCAUAGAUCUUACUGUCCCAUAAAUGGAUGGGAAAAAUGCAUGUAGUACCUCCUUCAGGAAAAGUAAUAGUAGUGAGUAUUGGAAAUAGUGCUCAUAUUGAUGUAUGUUUUAGCACUCUGGUGUCAGCAAUAUGGUGAAUUUCUCUGGAUAUAUAUACACAGUAUAUUUGUUUAUAUAUAUACAUAAACACAAGCAGUGUAUGUUCUUCUAAUAAGAAAAGAGAUGUUCUUAAGUUACUAGUUUAAAAGUACCAUAAAAAAAUGUUUAACAAAACAAACAAAAAACAACCCAGAACCAAACACCCCCAAAAAUCUCCAACCAACACUCCCAAGUCCAAAACGUGUAAGCAAGGGUCACACAGCUGGUUUGGAAGGGAGCAGUACUAACCUUGGCUGUAAAGACUUGGAAUUAGAUGUAUGCUAAAUGAAAACUGACAGGGAAAAGGUGCAAAACAUAAGAAUGGGGUUGACCUUUCAACAUGGUUAUUGCCAUUUCAGAGUAGGUGGUAUGUGCAAAAGGUAUGUGCAAGUCAGCCUUGGAAAGUUACACCAAGCAAUUCCAGCUUGGUACGAGCUGACUUCAUGGCCACACAGUGUACUUCUGCUUGCAUGGAAUUUUGCAAGACAGUUUUGUCUUUGGAGGCUUGUGACCUGCUGUGGGCUCCUUCUGGCUGUGUUGUGUUCCUUUUGUAAACCUGGGAUUGUAUUAACUCGACUGUCUUCCACUCUUGGCAGUGUAUUACUUCUGUAACUUAAUAUAGCUCCUGUUCCACAGGGGAAUUGUGCAUCUUGGAGUAUCUCUGCCAGCUGUAUUGAGCACACACAGAUUGUACUGUUCUGCAGGCUUUUAUAUUUGUAACAUUCCAGUUUUUUAGCAGAAUUGCAGGUAUAAUAAUUAUUGUUUAAUCAGCCAUAGCCCAAUGGCUCUUGCCAUCCAAAUUGGGGGAUUCUACACUUCAGAAAAAAAUGGAGAACUUACUGGGGAAGAUUUAAAAACUUUUCAUUUGCUGUUCUUACCUUUCUGAUUGCUGAAAGGCAGUUUGAACAUUCCUCUUGAGACUGUAUAGUCACUGCUAAUUUAUAUUUGCCUUUGCAAUGCACACAGUUAUGAAUGCUGCUUUUUAAACUCUAGGAAAGUGUCUCUCCUGAGGCUGUGCAGGAUUGUAUUCUCAGUUAUAACGUGUGGAUAGGUAUGGAAUUAAACUGCAGAGCUGUUGAUUCUGAAAAAAAACAAAAAAACAAACAUGUCAGGGUUAUCUGGCAUAGGUGUGUCUAAUCUGAAAAAUUAUUUUGCAACUUAGACAUGCAGGAGAAAAUUCAGGUACAGUGCAGUGUAACAAUGUUUACAUAAAUUGAAGCUAUCAUUUCAAUACUGCUUUUUACAAAAAAAAAAAAAAAAAGUUCAUAUACUUUGAAACACAAGGCUUCUCUCUGUGUUCUCAUUUAAUUUUUCAGAUUUUUUUUCUGUUAAGUAAAUCCAUGUCUUAAAUCAGCAUUGCCUACCAGUGGUUUUUAAAGGUUAUGAGUUCUUUCGUGCUGUUUCCCUUGAUGUUAAAUGGCUGAGUCUUAAGAUAUGUAACAUACAGAGACUGGUUUUGUGAGCACUGAAGUGGGUUAAAACACAGGCAGGAUAAUUGUCCUCUCCUGUUUUGGAAGUUUAUUUGUCAGUAUAAAAUCAUGUAAGAGGAAGGCUUGGAAUGGAGAGGAGACAGAAAACUCUGAUCUCAUGCAGAAGAGCACAGGUCAGGUUGUGAAGUUGGUGAUGCAAAAGCUUCAUUGGUAAUUAGAUGGAAACAAGCUGGAUGGAAUUGUCAGGCUGACAGUUCUGCACCUCCUUUUGAAAGACUCAGUGUUUUAAAAGCAUUUUGCUGGUGCUCUGCUGCUGACAAGCACUUUUAAGGAAAGGCAGCAGAGCAUGGUCAGCCCUUGGGAUUUAAUGCUAAGUAUGUUCAGGAUUCUCUUUCUCCUUUAUGUUCAUGCAUCAGUCAGUUGUCUUCUUGUCAUUGCUGCAUUUAUUUUGUGCAAAGUCAUCUUCUGUGGUCUGUGGGAGCACACCUGUAACCUGAAUUCCAGCUAGUAAAUGAAUGAUUGCUCUAUGUCAGCAAGUGUCUAACAACAUUAGUGCUACAAAUCCACAAACUCAGCAGGCAGAAAAGUCUUAACUGAGUAAUUCCAGAUAUACAAAAGAAGGGGAGGUUCACAGUGUUUUGGUAGCUUAGUAAAUCUGGUAAUAUUUGAGUCUUGCCAACAUUCUUGAGCUCUUCCUUGACAUUACCACUUUGUGGAUAUAUAUGCAAAUACCUGAAAGUUAUAUUCCUCCCCUUUUUUUUUAUUUCAUUUUUUAAAUUGUAUCUUAUGACACAGCUUCUUGAAAUAACUUUCCUAAAUGUUUCCCCUUUAAUUUUUCCUCUCUAGAAGAUCCCUUAAACCAGUGGGUACAUGACAUUACAUCUACAUGCAGGGAUUAGACUGAGUUUUUUAGCAAAUUCUGACUACACUGACAGAAGCUUAUGGAAGGAUCUUUAAGCAAGGUUCCUCCAAGUGUUCUUGAAUAAUUUCCAUAUACAUUAAUUAUCUUCUUUUGACAAACUAGAUAACACUUAGACAAAGUGUUGGUACAGAAAUGUAGAUAGGCCUGAAGUAUUUAAAUGUCCAAGACUAGUAAGAAUUGGAUCCUGUAAGUAUACUGGUUGCCAUGAAACAAAUAAUAUGUUGAACCUCAAGCAGAUUACUAAAUACUCAACUUCAGUGAGCAUUACCAUUUCAGUUUAAGUAUUUUCUUGGAGAAGGCCAAAUACAUAUGCUUUGUGUGGUAAACUGCUGCAGUAAUUGGAAUAGGUAAUGUCUCUUUUUUUUCCCUGAUUUCCUUCCCCCUUUCCCCCAGUCUACUAUAGAACAAAACAUUUCAGUAGAAUUUCAAAUAAAUUACUGCUUAACUGAGCUCUGAGAAAAUAAAUCUGAAAAAAGAUUCAAAGUAAAACCUUCAUAGUUAGCUGCUUUAAGAAGCAGGAGUCAGAUAAAUUAUUUGGGGAAAAAAAUUAUUUUUUUAUGUGGGCAUAUUAAAUCAGAUUAUUUAGAAAUAUUGAAACCCUUCACUGAGGAUAAAAGCACAGGUUUCUAUAAUGUUAUUUUCUGUACAGCUGUGUCUCCUGUAGUGUCAAGAAGAAUAUUGAAAGGAAAGAGGGAGGGGUUGAACUCAGACACCAGCACAAGUCUUCUGCAACACUUCCUAAAUACCUGCUUCUUCAGUGCAUACUUCAGUGCUGUUCAUUGCUGUUUAGCUAGUUUGCUGGUGUGUGAAAGUCCACACCAGGCACCAGAAUUACUGUGGAGCUGAGUCUUAAUGACUGAUUUUGCAUUUGAAGAAAUAGCAUGUGUCUUAGGGGAAAAAAAAAAAAAGAAAGUAGCUUUUGUGGGCCUGUAGUAUAGCAAAAGUAACCUGUAACAACUAUGAUAGUUUUUCAUCCUGGCCAUGUGGUUUCUACUCAGCAUUUUGGUAGAAUUUGCAGUAAUUUACAGACAAUAACUGAUUUUUUUCUGGGUUUUUUCUUGAAUAAUCUAGGAUACUUUUGUAGAAAAUUGACCCCUAACUACAGAAACCAUCGUGGUCUUGACAAGAUGCAAGUACAUUUGGCAAGCUUCUGAGCAAGGAGCCAGCUUGCCCUCUGAACUGUUUUGUACAUUUAGACUUUAUCAUUCAAGGGUUAAUUGAUAGACUGAUGAUCAUUUGUACAGAGUACUCUUUCUGAUGUAUCUUUGACAUUGUCACUAUUCUAAUUGAAACAGUAUUUCUGGGGAAAAAAAAAAGUCCUUUGGGGUGAACCUACUGAUGGUUUGCUCAUCAGAUGAAGAAAACCAAAAUAAAACCCCUCACAACUCCUCAGACACUGUUUUGAACACUAAACUUUCCAUACAGCAGUAUCCUGCCUACUUACCAUUUGUAUCUUAAGAAAUUUGCAGUGAGUGUUAUGUACAUAAUUCAUUGACAUGCACAUUUUUGAAGCCAGUUUGUAAUAGAUGUGUAAGAACUUAAGAUGGUAAACGUGGAGCACAAUAACCUGAUGUAUUAGACCAGUGACUUAGUUAGAAAGAACUGUAAACUUACUUUUGCUCUUCCAAUUCAGUUCUGUCAAAUGCAAGGAAUUUGUCCAAUGUGACAAACAACAAGCUGCAUUUUACAUGGUACUUAACAAGGAUGUAGAAACACAGCUUUUCACACUGAACAGUUACUCCAGCUUUUGUUCUGACAGAGAAAAUAGUAUUACCUAGUAGUUAAAAGGAAUGCCAGGAAAGGUUAAAGUGAGUACUGUAAAUAAGUAAAUAUUGUUUUGAUUCUAAACUCAGAUUGAAUUAAUAUAUUGUUUUAUAUCUUUGUUGUAUGAAAACAUAUUUAAAAGUACUAAAAUAAAAUAUUUGAAGG